GCAGUCGGGGAUCACAGCACCCAGGACCGAGCACCCAGACAGACAGGCUCUCCCUCCCCGAGCCCAACCAGGGAUGCCAAGCUGGGAGGUGGGCGGCUGAAUGGCGGCCAUGGAAGGGAGGGGACCCUACCGCAUCUACGACCCCGGCGGGGGCACGGAGGAGAAUGGAUCCACGGCAUUCGAGCGGCUGAUAGAGGAGAACGCCCGGCUGAAGGAGAGGAUGCAGGGGAUCAAAUCUAUCGGAGAGCUGCUGGAGGAGUCCCAGGUGGAGGCAUCCAAGCUGCGACAGAAGGCGGAGGACCUCGUGAAGGACAACAAGAUGCUGAUAGCAUCGUCCGCAUUGGAGGAGCUGGUGGAAACUGGAGCCGCCGGCCCCGAGCACAGCUCUGCCCUGGCCGCCCCAGGAAGCGCCCAGCCGGACACAGGAACACAGAAAUCCCCGAGUGGCUCCUCGUCAGAGUUCGAGGUGGUGGCUGCGGAAGCACAGGGCUGUCCCCAGGACAGUGGCAGAGCGGAGCUGGAGCCGCUGCCCCAUGAGGAUGCCAACCUUCUGCCGCAGCUGCAGCAGCUGGAGAGCACACUGAGCGGCUGCGCCCGCGAGGCCAGCAAGGACCAGGUCUUUGUGCGCAUGGGCUACAUGGCCUCCGAGCUGAAGCGCCUGGCCUCCAAGGUGCACAAGAACGAGCAGAGGACGUCCUUCCUGCAGACGCUGUGCGAGACGCUGCACACAGAGAACAAGGAGCUGCGAACCAAGCUGGAGAGGGACUUGGAGCAGAGAAACCAAGCGCUGGAGAAGCUCAGGUGUGAGAACCAGGAGCUGCGGAGGAUGGUGACCCUUAGCAACCAGGAGAGUGCGAAGAGAGAGGCAGCUGAGCAGCAGCAGCAGAGCGGGGUGGUGGUGGAGAAGGCAGCGGGCAGAGGAGAGCUGGAGGCCAAGGAGAAGAAGGUGAAGAUCCUGGAGCACCAGCGCCGGGAGCUGCUGGAGGUGAACAAGCAGUGGGACCAGCACUUUCGAGCCAUGAAGCAGAAGUAUGAACAGAAGAUGACAGACCUACACCAGGAGCUGGCCGAGGCACGGCGGGCACUGACUGAGCUGGAGUCAGAGAGGGAGCAGAAGCAGAGGGAUUUUGACCGCAAGCUGCUGCUGGCCAAAUCCCGGAUCGAAACAGAAGAGGCGGAGAAGGACCGGCUGGGAAUGGAGGUGCGGGACCUGCAGCAGAGGAUGCGUUUCCUGCAGGAGCAGCUGGCGCCGGUCACCAGACAGAGGGAGUACCAGGAGAAGGAGAUCCAGCGGCUGAACAAGGCACUGGAGGAGGCCCUGAAUGUCCAGGCCUCCCCUCCACCCAUCUUUGCUGGCACUCUGGAGCCAGCCGGGAAGGUUCCUCCACAAGAACUGCUGACUCAGAAUGAGCUGCUCAAGCAGCAGGUGAAAAUCUUCGAGGAGGACUUCCAGCGGGAGCGGAGUGACAGGGAGAGGAUGAACGAGGAGAAGGAGGAGCUGAAACAGCAGCUGGAGAAGCUGCAGAAGCAGCUGGCCGUGUCCAACAACCAGCUGCGUGCCUCCAAGGAUGACUGCCAGAGAGAGAAGGAGGAGAAGGAGAAGCUGAAGAAGAUGCUGAAACAGCACAAACAGGCUUCUGGGGAGAGGCUGCACCCUGACCCAGUGCCAGGACCACUGGGCCCCGCGUGCCCCAUGUACCAGUACCAGUACAGCCCCCCCGUGCCUCACCCCAUGUACCAUGGCUACGACGAAUGGCAGCAGAUCCGCUACCCACCAGCACUGCAGGGCGAGCACACGCCGGGACAGAACUUCCACCAUUAUCCCCCACCGGAAUACCCCUGGCGCCCUCCCUGUGCUAUGACCCGCAGCCAGAAUGCCACAGCAGUGCCCGGGGUGAAACCUGUCCCCAAGGACUUGGACCAGGCAGGUCCUGCGCUGCCAUGAUGCCAAGGAGCAGCAUCGCUGUGCUGUGAUGGGAGCUGAUGGCAGAAGAGAAGCAGGAUGUGUGUGUGUGCCCGUGUACGUAGAGCUAAGACCUUCCUCCAGCUGAUUGCCCACUGUGCCUGCACACGGUGGAUGCACGCCUGGGGCCGGAGAGGCCGCAGUGGUGGCAGAGGGACUGCGGAUGGCAUGGCCACCUCCUCCCACCCGAAGGAUUGGGAUUGGGAUCUUGAGCCAGGAAAAGGAGCCGCGCUCCCUCUGUUCCUGGAGCAUCUCUGCCAGCAGUCCCCUCCUGGCGCUGGGAGCACCCGUGGCCAGAUGGAUUCCACACUGAGGGUGCUUGGUGAUGUAUUUAUUUAAGGACUGGAACUGAAUCUGUUUUCAUUCUAAAAGCGUGUUGUCGCCGGAAGAGCCUCGGUGCAGGACUCGAGGUGGGAGCUGUCUCAGACUGUUUGCCCAGAUUUAUUCAGAUGUAGCCACGUGUCCAGAGCAAAACAUGAACCCACUCGCUGCGCAAGCGGUCAACAUUCAUUUAUCUGAGCCCUGCCCAGCCCUGGGCUCAGCCCCACGCAUUCCCCGCUCCCUGGAGCCAAUCCUGCUCCAGGAAAACAAAGCUGGAGGGGAAAAAAUACAACCGUCGGUGUCAUGUGCACGCCAGCAGCAGCUGUGCUUGUUUCUAGGUGCUGCUCGGCAGCGCUCCUCCUGCCUGGCUGCUGCUUGUUAUUUUUCCCUUCUGUGCUCUGGACUGAAACCCGAGCGCUCGCCCUGCUCAGUGACCCAGCGUGAGGGCGGCCAGGAGGAGGCUGGGCUCAGCCUGCAGCACUCAGAGCCAUAGUGAUAAAUGUGUGUGUGCUGUAAUUAAUAAACACACAGAGAUUUCCA